AUGAAGUCCUUAUCUCUGACUCGCCACUGGACCGACUCAUUGCAACCACAGUCUCUCUCUCUCUCAACGUCACUCUCGUCUAACGCCCAAGUCUCUCCAACUCAGCAAAACUCGCAAAAUAAAAUUUCCAUCGUUUGCUCGCCGCCCAGGUUGUCGAUUUGUCGGUCUCAAAUUGAAUCGCCCAGUACUGUUCGUCCUACGCGUCUUAGCUUUCUUACGCGUCGGGAAAACAAAUUAACGGACCGUCUACGUGUCGCGAAGAUCUAUCCACUUCUAUCCGUGAUGCCGCCGCCGCCGCCACCCCGCGGUUCCGUCAGAGUAGUAGCUCGUUCGUUGCGGCAGACACCGGAAAAAGUAAUCUGGAAAUUACGAUUUACGAAACGCUGUUUUCCCUGCUGUGUUAGAAACAGCAAGACAAGUUGUAAAAAAAUUGGUAUGCUCAACAGCAAAAAACUUGUCCUGUUCUGUAUUCUCACCGUCUUUAUUUAUUGUAUAUUCGUCCACAACUUCGUCUGGAAGAAUACACAGCAACGUUCGUAUGCAGGAGUGUAUACGACCCCGAAACAGAAAACUGUGUUAAACUUUAGUAAUUUCAUCAUUACCAAAGAGAAUGAUCUCAUCAAUAAACGCCCACCAGCCUUUUUGCAAGAAUAUCGAAACCCGUGUUGGUUGGAAGAUAUUUACUCGGCGGGCGUCUAUCUGGAUAACCCCUACCUACACAUGUCCCAGUCGAUACAGAAGGAAAUGGUUCGACUCACGACUAAAUGGGAUAAGCUGUUGAGCAAGAACGAUGGCACGAAGCCGGCGCAAAGACUACGUUGUUUGCCUUAUUUCUAUAUUGCUGGAAUGCCGAAAUCAGGGACCACAGACUUUUAUCGACGCAUGAACGUUCAUCCUGAUAUUGUCAAAUGCCAAAGGAAAGAGCCGCAUUGGUGGACAAGGAUACAGUUUCAAGAACUAUGGAAGAGAAAUCAUAGUUCCUUCAAUAAUUAUGUCGACUUAUUUGACGGUGCAGCUGAACAGAUACAGAAGGAUAAAAACCACAAGAAAAUCACAAGCGAUGCAAGUGCCUCAACUCUUUGGGACAAUGACUUUUGGAAUAGGUUGCCAGGCAAUGCUAACCUGAGUGAACCGGAUCUUCUCAUUGCGCACUAUAUUCAUCACAUGACGCCAAGUGCAAAAAUUAUUGUCAUUCUUAGAAAUCCAGUCGAUAGACUCUUUUCAGAUUAUCUCUACUUUGGCAUUUAUAACAAGUCUCUUGAAAACUUUCACCAGAGAGUGAAGGACUCCAUCGAAAUGUAUCAGAAGUGUUUUAAAAAUGAGACAUUACGAAAAUGUGUGUAUGAUAGGAAUUUAAGUCUUUUAUCUGGGGUAAGGCUUCGUAUUGGCCUCUACUGGAUUUACCUGCAAGACUGGUUUUCUGUUUUCCCAAAGGAAAUGUUCUAUAUCAUCAAAACAGAAGAUUAUGCCAAAUGCAUAAAAUGUACUUUCAAGAAAGUGUUUCGAUUCCUUGGACUCCCUCAACUUAGCAAAACCAAUGAGGCUUUUAUGGGAUCAAUUCCUAAGGCAAACACAAGGCGCAUCAAGGACAAAUUCCUCUGUGAGGAUUUAUUACCCCCCUCCCCGCCCCCCCUCCAAAAAAAUGGAAAUGAUAUUUUCGACCCAUUCUUUUCUAAUUCUUUUAUUGUUUCUUAG